UAAGUUAAUAUUUAUGUACUGAUAUAUGUAUUGAUAGAUUUGGCUGUUACUCAAUAUCAGACAACCUGAUCAGUGGUAAAAUUGGAAUACUUCAAGAACAAUAUGCUUUGACAUGCAAAAAACAGGCAUUACAUAUCACAGCAACAACAAACGAUUCUCUCCAGGUUUUGUAUAGAGCAACCAAUGGACAACUUGACAUUGACAAACAGCAUUCUCCUUGUGGAGGGAUUGAAAGUAACUCCUCAGUCUUCCUAUCCUAUUUUCAUCCUGCUUUUCUUAUUUUAUGUCUUUGCAAUGGGAUGUAACAUUGGACUGAUAAUUCUGAUUGCAAUAGAGAAGAAUCUACAUCAUCCAAUGCAUUUUCUGUUCUGUAAUCUGCCAGUGAAUGAUAUAAUAGGGACUACUGUUAUUUUACCACGUUUAAUGCAGGACAUUUUCAAGCAGGCCUCAGAUCGCUAUAUGACAUAUGUGGAGUGUGUUAUUCAAGCUUAUUUUGUACACAUAUUUGCAACAGCAAGCCACACUGCACUAGUAACUAUGGCCUAUGACAGACAAGUGGCUAUAUGCAAUCCAUUGCUAUACACAGCUAUAAUGACCAAUAAAAGGGUGGUUCAGUUAUCAGCAAUAGCCUGGGCACUACCAGUAAUUGUAGUGGCAAUUAUGUUAGGUCUCACUGUCCGCCUGUCUCGCUGCAGAUAUAAAAUUGAAAACCCUUUUUGUGACAAUGCCUCACUUUAUAAAUUGUCCUGUGAAAAUGUGUCCAUUAAUAACAUGUUUGGAAUUGUUUAUUCUGUGUUAGCACUUAGCAUAUCGGUGACAUUGAUGAUUAUAGCAUAUGUCAGAAUUGUUGCUGUGUGUAUAAUCAGCAAAAACAAAGCUCUCAAUAGUAAAGCCAUAAAAACAUGUAGCAGUCACAUAGCAGUUUAUUUAAUAAUGUUUGUUUCUUGUGCCAUCAUGAUUUUUCUCCAUCGUUUUCCUGAAUACUCUGAAAACAGGAAACUUGCAAGUAUAAUGUUCCACAUUGUACCACCAGGACUAAAUCCCAUAGUAUAUGGUUUACAAACUAAAGAGAUAAGACAAAAAAUUGUUAAACUGUGGUGGAAAAAAAGAAUUGAUACGUUGUGGCCUGUUGAAAAAAAAAAAAAAAAAAAAAAAAAAAAAAAAACCUACAAAACCUAAGCUGAAAUAACUUUUUUUUUAACGGUGAAAGAGAGAAAGCUUUCUUACCAAUCAUGAAACUAUUUUGCAUUAAGAAAACAUAUGUAUGUGUAUUUUAAAAUACAUAGUUACCUUAUAGUGCCUUUAAAAUAAUUAUUAUAUUAAAUAUCUAUCACUGUGGUUUUCAUUAUUUUGUUUGUAACAUGCAUUUGAUUGCUUAAUGUGAGGAAUAUUUCACAUAACCAUCACGCCAUGGAAUUCUGGAGAUAAAUGUCUGAAUGAAAAAAAAAUCAACUAAAGUAAAAGUUGCUCAAAUUCAUAAUAAACAUAUUUUGAGAUUUUUAAAGAUAUUGACCAUUGGCUUCCUUAUUUACCUUUAAAUGCAGAAUAAAUGGCAUAAAUAAAUGACAGCAAUAUCAAGCUGUACCUUAUUAAUGUGUCAGAGAUCUUUUGUAUCUAUUGCUUAAUUUAAAUAAAAUCUGUUAUUUACAGAAGUUUGAUUAUAUUAAUGAAUCAUUUUACUAUUUUAAAAUUAUAGAAUUUACAACAAAAAUAAUAAUUUCAUUUGGAAACUAUGUUUCUCUGAUCCUCUUAAUUUUCAUGGAUUUUGAUUUCUUGUGUGUGCAUCACACACAAAAGUUUUAUUCACUGUUUUUAGUGAGCUCUUCAUAGGUGUGUGAAUUAAGAUGUCUUUCCACUACUUUCCACUAAAAACAAUAUUUCUCUGAUGUCAUAACGUUAAUUUAAAGGGGUCAUGAAUUGCAUUAUUUAAAUUUUAUAAUGUUUCCUGAGGUGCACGUAUAAUUUUUACAUCAAAAACUUUCAUGACUUAGAAAUAAAAGAC